GGCUGCAAGUUAACUUUUUUGAGAGCGCACAAAUCUCCAACGGAAGCAACACUGAUCUGGAGUGUCUCUCACGCAAUGGCUUCGCCUCUAAAUUCUCAUCGAGCCGCGCCGAGCCGAAACCCCUAAGCCCCAAACCCUAGCAGAGGCGGCGGCGGCGGCGUCGUCAUGGGCGUCGCCUACAUCGCCGCCUCCGUUUUGCUGGCGAUCGCGCCCGGCGCCGCCGCGCAGUCGCCGCGAACUGGCAGCGACGAAUCCUUGGGUUUCGCCGAUGUGAUCAGCAUCUCCUUCUUCAUGGCCGUCUUCUUCCCCGUGUUCGUCGUCCUCCUCGCGUUCGCGUGCCUCCGCCUCUUCCGGCCGCUCGACGAGGAGCCGCCGUUGGCGGACACGUCAUCGUCGGAGUGGUCGCGCCGGGGCAGCAAGGCGGGACUCGACGCCGCGGAGAUCGCGGCGCUGCCGCUGGUGUCCUACCGGGACGUCAAGCAGCACCGGACCGGGGACGACGCGCUGGAGUGCGCGGUGUGCCUCCUGGAGUUCGACGACGACGACGCCCUCCGCCUCCUCCCGGCGUGCCCGCACGCGUUCCAUCCGGAGUGCAUCGGCCUAUGGCUCGAGAAACACGUCACCUGCCCGCUCUGCCGCGCCAACGUCCUCGACGCGCCGCCGCCCCCACCCCCGCCCCCGCCCUCGCCCCCGCCUGUGCUGCCGCAGCAGGAGACCAUGUCGCCGCCGGUUCACGAGAUGGUGGUGGUGAUCGGCGACGCCGGCGCCAACGAGGAGGCGGACGAGAGGACCAGGACCCAGUGCCUCGCGAGGAUGCGGCGCGCGGCGGGGCGGCAGGCCCUGCCGCGGUCCAACUCGACCGGGCACGAACGCGGCGGCGGGGUGGAGCGAUUCGCGCUGCGGCUGCCGGAGCACGUCCGCCUCGAGAUCCUCAUGUCGCACAGGCUGAGGCACGUGACGAGCGCGGUGGAGUCCGUGCGCGUCAGGGAGGGGAGCGCCCACGACGCCGGGCCCGUCCGGACCGCCGUGGCGAGGCUCCUGUCGCUCUUCGUCCCCGGAGCAGGCUGGAAGGGAGACGACGAGGGGAAGUCCGGCAAGGCCGACGGGUCGCCUCACCGGCGGCGCGACGAGUCGGCGAGGGGAGGAGGAGCGAGCAAUUAAUCCGCCAUCAUAGCGGAUGAGUUUUGGUUUUUGCACUUCAUUUCGGUAGUGUCGAUUGCUCCGGGAUUAAUCCGUGAUCGGGAAUGUAAUUUUGCAGAGUUUCUUUUACUUUACCACACCAUUUUGUUGAGACCACGAUAACAUAAUUCAGUUACAAUUUGAGGUUAA